AUGCGCCUCAAGAAGCUCGCCGAUGAGCUCCGUGAUCUCGGGGAAAAGAUCGGCGAAGAGCUCCUCAUCAGCACCCUCUCCGGCAGCCUCAACGAGGAUUUCGGGAACGCCGCCUCCAACUUCACCCUCAUCCCGGAGCCCACCUUCGCUAAGGUGGUCGCGUACCUCAAGUUGGAGGAGCGCCGGAUGCGGGUGGCGCGGACUCGCGCGACCCACACCGCCCUCGUCGCCGGCACCCGCAGGGGUUUAGCCCCGCCACUGCCACGCCCGACGCCGCCACAGCCGGCGGCGCCCGCCUUCCCGCCAGGUUUCCCGCCCGCCCCGGCCGCCCCCUUCCCGCCGCCCCAGCCGGCGGCCAAUGGGGGGGCGGGGGUCAUCGCGGCGGUCGUCGUGGUGGCCGCAAGCAGGGGGGCGCAUGCGCUCAGGGAGGAGCACCCUGCCCACUGCAGCAGGCUUCUCAGCAGGCCCCGUGCAGCAGGUACCUCUUGUCGUCUCGUCACCGCCGGCCACCGCCGGCCCUUCGACGACUUCGUCGGCCGACUCGGGCGCCGCGGGAUCGGGCGCUGCUGGCUCGGCCGCUUCUUCAGCCACCUCGACGCCAGCCGCCUCGCCGACCCCGACACCGGCCACCUCGCCGGCCCUGACGCCGGCCUCCUCGCCGGCUACGAUGCCAGCUACCUCGCCGGCCCUGACGCCGGCCUCCUCACCGGCUCCGACGUCGGCCGCCUUGCCGGCCCCGACGCCGGCCGCCUCGCCGGCUGCCUCGUCGGUGGCUCCGACGGCGACGCCUGGCCCAGUCACACGCGCUCGUACCGGCGUUCAUCGUCCGAGCCUCCGGAAGAGUUCGAUGCUCUUCAACGGAACCGCACAUGGACACUGGUUCCCCGGCCUCCUCGCGCCAACGUCAUCACCGGCAAAGAAUAUCUCAACCUAGCUAGAAACUUCGUCACUUCAAGUAGGGAAACAGAGAAUAUCUCAACCUUGCUAGCCCUGUGCGCCUUCAUCGCCGUCGCCGAUGCUCAGGCGAAGGCGCCAGUGGACCCCGCGCUGCCGAAGAACUCCCACAUGAUCCACCCGGGCCGGUUCGGUAAGAGGGACCAUGUGCUCUCCUGCGAUGACACCAAGGACGGGAAGAACCCCUGCGUCGCCACCUGCGACAAGCGCUGCCCCAACGAGUGCAUCGUUAUGUGCCCAGGUUGCAAGACCUACUGCUUGUGCCACUUCUACCCCGGCAUGUCGUGCGGGGACCCACGCUUCACUGGUGCCGACGGCAACAACUUCUACUUCCACGGCAAGAAGGAUCAGGACUUCUGUGUCCUCUCCGAUGCCGACCUCCACAUCAACGCUCAUUUCAUCGGCAAGCGCAACCCCACCAUGAGCCAUGACUUCACCUGGAUCCAGGCUCUAGGCAUCCGCUUCGCCGACCAUCAGCUGUAUAUGGGUGCCCAGAAGACCAUUGAGUGGAACAACGACAUUGACCGCCUAGAGAUGGCCUUCGACGGAGCAUCUAUUGAAAUCCCUGCCAACCUUGGUGCCAAAUGGGAGUCUGACAUCAUUCCAGGGUUGACCGUCACUAGGACUGCUGUCACCAACGGUGUGAGGGUGCAGCUCCAGGGAGUGUUCGAUAUCAUGGCUAAAGUUCUGCCCAUCACUGAGGAGGACUCCCGCAUCCAUAAUUAUGGUGUGACCAAGGAUGACAGCCUUGCACAUUUGGACAUCGGGUUCAAGUUCAACAACCUUACUGACGAUGUCCACGGCGUGCUAGGGCAGACCUAUCGCUCCGAUUACGUCAACAAGCUUAGCGUGAGUGCUAACAUGCCGGUCAUGGGUGGUGCUACUAGGUAUGUCUCCUCUGGCAUCUUUGCCACUGACUGCGAAGUGGCAAGGUUUGGCCACCAUGUUGGCAUCUCCAUGGUUACUGCUCAGGCUAACUAA